CUGGGAUCUUAGCAAAGAUUUAUUCGAGGAUACAUGCUACACCAUACAGAGUAUGCGCAGAAGAGUUAAAGCGAUGUGUCAUGGGUGGAAGAGGACCUUGCAUCCUGCGUGUGACCCAGCAGUGCAGCGGAUACUGAAAAGAAGUUCGGUAUGAUGCAACAAAGAUCAAUUAUGGAAAAGUCUGCAAUAAGGAGUGAGCGAGUACCGGCGAAUGCAUGAUGGGUCCUUUUUGCUUCUUUUCUUCCGUUUCUGGAUCUCAACUUUCUUGUACAUACCCCAUUCAAAGUUGGCUCUUCCUUAAUGUCGUCCCCAUUGCCUGUCAAUGCCAAACAUAAUUACCGAAAUCGCGAAGACACCGAAGGAGAACAGCAGCCUGACGGUGACACGGCUAGCUCGUUCGGUCGGGCCGCAUCCAUUGCCCGCUUAGGCUCGUCGCCAGUUCCACGCAACGUUCGCAGUGCAUCGCCGCCACGAAGUAUCAGCUCUGCGCGAUCCUAUGGGAGCACUGACUUGGAGAACGUCACCACGACGUCCAGUGGUGCAUUGUUUCGCCCGCUUUCAACGCCCACAUACAACUACGAAGACAACACGGUGUCUGUCGAUUUGCCAGAAGAUCAAGUAGCUAGGGUGGUGAAACGGCACUUGGUGGAAACGUCACCAGCUGCAUCAAUCCUGCAAAAAGUGAACACAAACCAGUCGUUAGCAGGCAGUGACGACGCAUACUCUUCCGGUGACAGCAACCGGGUCAAGUCAGUUCACCAGUUGCCGGGUGGUGCCAUCACGCACGAUAUUUACAAGUGGGCUGAAGAUGCGGAUGCAGAACAAUCCAGACGCAAUCGAUCGCAGUCAAUGUAUAUUCCACGCCAGGAGCCAUCGGAUCCAGCGUUGGCACGUCUCAGGGAUCCCGGUGGUUUCCGUCGCCACUUUGUUUAUGAUCAAGCACAGCGUCGCGGCCAAGAGCCUCCUCACUGGAUGACCCGUACCUUCGUCGACUUUCUGGCGCUCUAUGGCCAUUUUGGGGGAGAAGAUUUGAGCGACUCCGAUGACGAUGAGGAGACUGAGGAGGAGGGAGAGCCGGGAGAACGGACAGGGUUGUUGCGUCGUCGUCGAAGACGGCGUUAUGGCGGUGAUGACGAGUCGGAUGGUGAAGGAGAAGAUCGAGCACAGCGCAUGAUCCGUCGUGCGCAAGAAAAUGCCGUUCAGGGCACUGCUAGUCCUGCAAAGGCCGUGUUUUUGUUGCUCAAGGCGUUUGUUGGCACAGGCGUCAUGUUCCUUCCGAAAGCGUUUUACAAUGGCGGUAUUUUCUUUUCCACAGCCCUCUUGACCGCUAUUGCGCUGAUCUCGCUGUACAGCUUUUUGCUUCUGGUGGAGACGCGGAAUAAGGUGCCGGUAUCGUUUGGUGACAUUGGAGGUAUCUUGUACGGCCGCUUUAUGCGGGCUGCUGUCCUCACAGCUAUCACGUUUGCACAGAUCGGAUUCGUGUGUGCGUACAUGGUGUUUGUCGCACAAAACAUCCAAGCAUUGGUCGAGGCUCUGUCAAACUGUGACAUUCGAGUGCCCCUGCCAUACUUGAUCCUGGGCCAAGUUGCCAUCUUUGUUCCAAUUGCCAUGAUCCGCAAGAUCCAGAAGCUAUCCUCGUUUGCUCUCAUCGCCGAUCUCUUUAUUCUCAUGGGCCUGCUUUACUUGUACUACUACGAUUUCUUGGUGCUGGCCACGCACGGCAUUGGCCAAGUCGAAUGGAUCAUCAACACAAAGUCUUUCCCCAUGUUCAUCGGCACCGCUGUGUUCACAUAUGAGGGUGUUGGCCUCGUUAUUCCUAUCACCGAGUCCAUGAAAGAGCCUGAAAAGUUUGGCCGCGUUCUUUCGUGGACCAUGCUGGGCAUCACAAUGAUUUUCCUAUCCAUCGGCUUCUUUUCCUACAUGGCAUUCGGCGAUAAGGUUCAGACUGUUAUUUUGCUCAACAUCCCUGCCACGCCCGUUGUCAACACCAUCCAGGCCUUGUAUUCCAUGGCCAUUUGCUUGUCCAUCCCAUUGCAGCUGUUUCCCGCCAUUCGUAUUGUCGAAAACAUUCUCUUCUCACGCUCGGGCAAACACAAUCCGGUCGUCAAGUGGGAGAAAAACGGAUUCCGUCUGGUAGCUGUGUUGAUGUGUGCUUGCAUUGCUAUUGCUGGCUCGGAUGAUUUGGAUAAGUUUGUAUCGCUUGUGGGAUCGCUAUGUUGUGUGCCAUUGUGCUUCAUAUUCCCGCCGAUAUUCCAUUAUAAGGCUAUCGCUCGUACCUUUACAGCAAGAGCCAUCGAUAUCGCUAUCGUCGUAUUUGGUGUCUUGUCUAUGACCUAUACGACCGGUAUAACCAUUGCUCUCUGGUCCGCUGGAGGUGAAGAGGCUCCUGUUUCUCGGUGUACACCUAAUGGCAACUGAACUCAGAUCCUAUUCUUCAUUAUUUACAAAAGAUAACUUAUAGUAUACCUAGGUCACCCUUUUCGGAUUCCAUGCUUAAUCCAAGUAUAUAUUAAAAUUUUUACAUAGUCAUUGAUUGUAUAAUCUAAAAAGACUUUCAACAUUGGAAAUUAAGGAUGAGUAGCUGCUUAUAACAUAAAGUAUUGUCA